AUGGCAGCCAUAGGGAAGCCAAUCUUUGACAACCAAGGAGGAGUCAUACAUGAUGGGAAAUAUGGAAUUUUCCCUUUUGUUUAUGAAACCACAGCAAAGAAAAAAAGCAAAAACAAAGAAGCAGGGGCAGUGGAAGUGAAGGCUACACAGAAUGUUAACAAGGAGGCCAUAAGGGAAAUGUUUUUAACUAAAGUAAUUCCAGCCAUUAAAAGUAAAUGGCCAGGCCAUGUAUCUAAGGAUAUAUGGAUUCAGUGGGAUAAUGCCAGACCAUACCAAAUUCCUAGGGAUGAAGAAUUUCAUGAAGCAUGUCACUCAAAUGGUUUCAACAUACAGUUCAUUUAUCAACCAGCUCAAUCCCCAGAUUCAAAUGUAUUAGAUGUAGGGUUGUUUAAUGUGAUACAAUCAAUACAAUACCAAUCAUUUCCUAGAAAUCUAAAGGAACUCAUAGAGAAGGUAACAGAGUCUUAUGAGUUGUUCAACCCAGUGUUGAACAAACGUUGUUGGAUAAUUUUACAAUGCUGUAUGGAAGAGAUACUGAAGGACCAAGGGGGGAAUAACUUCAGCCCACCACACAAAGGGAAGAAAAGACUAGAAAGACUGGGCAUGCUACCUGAAGUGCUACAAGUGGACAGGGGUUUGGUUCAACAAACUGUUGAAUACCUCAACACCAUUAUCAUUCCAACAGGUGAAGUGAAUCAGGAAGAUGAAGACAAACAACUGAGUCCAUCAGAGGGUUAUGAUAUUUCACAGAAAUUGCAUAAAUGGUUACCUCAACAACAACUUACAAUGGAAGUUGUUGGAGCAAGACCAACUUAUGAAUUUUAUGCAUCAAAUGAGUCCCUUCAUCAUUUGGAUCUCUCAACCACACAAACAAUAGUUUGGGACUCCUACUACAUUUGGGCACAGACAGCUCACAGGGGGACUCAAAGAGGGAGAUACUGA